AAUCAGAUGCGCCUCUCUUACAUUUGAGGACGUGAGAAACAAAUGAAUUCAUCGGUUGAAGUUUUAAUGAUUAAAGUGUGUGGGGAAAAUGGAGCUAUCCAACCUGCAGAGGCUCUUCUCCGCCUGUGAUGUAAACCAGUCGGGUAAGAUCGAGUUCGAGGACUUCACGGUGGUUUGCGGGGAGCUCAACGUUCCAGAAUCCGAGGUCCAAACUCUGUUCGGGAAGUUCGAUGCAGACGAGGACGGAUGCAUCGACUACAGCAGGUUCUUGUCCAGGUUCCAGGAGGUUUUUCCGACGUCUUUGGGACCCGGAUCAACCGCAAACCUGGAGUUCGCCGCCAGGUUCGACACUGAAUAUGUACUGUCUGACAGUCUGAGGGAGCAGCUGGCUGAACUUUACCAGACCAUUCAGACCUGUGUCAACACUUCCGUGCUGCAGCAGUACGAGCAAGUCGUCCGCUCUCUGGUCAGCCAAAGCCUGGACAACCGACUGGAAUGUGAACAGCUGGAGUCCAGUUUGAGGCGUGCCGAGGAGAUGAACAGCAGCCAGCUCUCGGAAAUGGAGGACGACAUACAGCGGCAGCUUACAGGCACAGAAGAAAGAGUGAGGGCUGAGGAGCGCAAGAAAAUGGAAGAAGUUUUGUGGACCAUGCAGAGGAAACACGAGAACCAGACUGCAGACCUGCAGGACACGGUGGACCGACUUUUAAAGAGCCAAGAAGACUCUCGCUAUGCUCAUUCCAAGGAGGAGGAGCUCAAAGUGAACAAACAGAUAGAUGACCUAACAGAGGAGAACAAGGUGCUGCACUCGUCUUUGGUGGAGGCACAGACCAACAUCGCCGUUCUCCAGUCGGAGCUGGACAAGCUGAAGAACAUGUACGUUGACAAGCAGGCUCAGCAUGAAAGGGAAACAAACGAGUUAAAGAAGAUGGUGAUAGAGUACCAGUCGUACGCCAGUCACAUUCAGAUUUUACAGGACAUAAACCAGCAGCUGUACGACAGCAACGACGGGCUGCGUUCCACCUUGGUGAAUCAACAGAGCCUCUCUCCCAGAAAUGAAAACCCUGCUCGGAGGAGGGAGCCCAUCAGGCAAAGCACCCUCAAACACGACAGGUCAAAUGUAGAUUCCAGCCAUUCCGCCCUGUCCAACGUGUCCAUGUGGGCCGACAAGUACCUGGACAGCGGCGUCUCUCUGCACAUGGACACAACCGAGAGCUCAGCCAGCGACUUCGACACCGACGACGGCCGAGGCUCCUCGGAGACCGUCCACCACAGUUACUCCUACGUCCAUUCCGACAGCGAGUUGUUGGAUGCCAGGUCGGAGGCGGCGCUGUCGGUGGCGCCGAGCGGAGGAAGUUCCACUGCGUCAUCACGGAAACACUUGCCUGCCUUUCCAAUAGAGCUGCCUGAAGCGUUGCCAGACGUGGACGACGCAGUGCCGAUGUACCGCCUGGUUUUAGCAGGAGACGCUGGAGCAGGAAAGUCCAGCUUCUUGCUGCGAUUGGCGCUCAACCAGUUCAAAACAGACUUGCACAGCACACUGGGGGUUGACUUCCAGAUCAAGAAGAUGCUUGUGGAUGGAGAGAAGACCAACCUGCAGAUAUGGGACACAGCUGGACAGGAGAGGUUUCGGAGUAUUGCCAUGUCAUACUUCCGUAAAGCUCACGGCGUUCUGCUGUUGUAUGACGUGACCUCAGAGAGCAGCUUCCUGAACAUCAGAAGCUGGCUGGAUCAGAUCCAGGAUCACACUGGAGAGAAAGUCCCUGUUUGUAUCAUCGGAAACAAGGUGGACCUGAGAGAGCAGCUGCCACAGAAACGCUGUGUCAGCAGCUCACAUGGCGAGAAGUUGGCCACGGCAUACGGCGCCUUAUUCUGCGAAACCAGCGCCAAAGACGGAACCAACGUGGUGGAGGCGGUGCUCCAUCUAGCCAGGGAAGUGAAGAAGAAUGUGAAAAUGGGUCAUCAGCCACCUUCUCACGUCAAACUGGUUACAGACAACGCAAAAAAAACUUUUGACAGAUGCUGCCGCCUCUAGAAUGACAUUUUUAAACCCUGAACUUGCUCACACAUUCUGAUCACCCUGAAGGCUUCUAUUGGCGGGAAAUAGCACUGUUUGUUUUCAGGAUAUUUAUUUCCUUGCAAAUAUACUUUUCUGUAAUGAUUCCACAUCAUGUCUAAUGGUUUACAGGCCCAUCAUGGGACAUUCAUUGUAUUAGUAUUUUUUAUUAUUGUAAAAGCAGCACAUUUGAUUUUUUUCUGAAGUACAGGAGAAAAGAGAAUCCUGAUAUUUUUUUAAAGCUAUUUUAUGACUCCUCAGUACACAUUCUCUUGUUCAGCACUUUUAUGAAGAAUUUUUCUUUUCUAACAAAUACAUUUUUUAAUAAAACUAAAAAAAAAUGAUUUUUUUUUUCUGGAAUGAUUGACGACUGUGUUAAUGUAUUAUAUUAUAAGAAAAAUGUUUAUCAUGAGAACAAAAUUGUAAUGUAUAAGUUUUUUUGGUUUUUAAAGAAAAUGAAAUCAUAAUAGGAGAAAAUGUCAUGAGAAUAAAAUAUUU